AAUGGAAAGCUCUAGUAUAAACCGGUGGUUUGAGUAUGAAUCUGGUCAUGCAUGGUGUGAAAGUGCCUACAAAUAUCAGACAUUACCAUAUGUUGCAGAAUUCGCAAAUACAUGCACAAAUCUGCCGAUCAUUGUCCUUCCACUAGUCAAUAUAAUGCUUCUUCGAAGAUAUCUUCAUGAUGUGAACGGUGGUUUGAUUUUCCCUCAGUUGUUACUCACUUUCAAUGGAUUAGCUUCAACAUAUUAUCAUGCAACUCUCAACUUAUUUGGUCAACUUGUCGAUGAACUGUCAUUAGUUUGGAUUAUAACAGUGUUCCUUGUCGUCUACAUUCCAGUUAUGAAAUGGUUCCCAGAGAAGUUCUCAAAAAGAUUAACUCUCGUCCGAUGGGUUGUUCUAAUUGUAACAGCUCUCGUAUCUGGUCUCUGCUUCCUUGAACCAAAUCUCAAUGCAAUCGCUUUGAUGCUGUUUUCCAUUCCAGCUGCUGUAGUGAUAAACUAUGAAGGAAAACAGUCUGGAAUCCCAGACAUCGAGUCAUUUCCAAGUCGAAUUCUUGCACUUUGGGGAGUUGCAUUUUCCUUCUGGUUUGCUGAUCGUCUUCUCUGCGAUUUUUGGCUUUAUUUGGGAACCCCAUACCUCCAUGCUCUGUUCCAUUUGCUCGCCGGACUUGCCGGCUACACAAUUUUCAUCAUGUUCUCGAUGAUUGAUAUUGAGAGCAGAACGAAAACUCACAAAUACACAGCCGCAGUCCGUUAUUUUCCGGGCAAGAACGGCUCGAUCUUCUCGUUCCCGUACAUUUCGCUCAAAGAACGUUCUCAGUGAGUAUAUAUGGCAUAUCCCUCUGUUAGAAUUCCAUCAAACUAACGGAGGGAAAAUUGUAUUUGUAACGCAUUCUACACAGGAAGAAAAAUGCAUGCCUGUGUACCUACAAGAGUGCCUGGUAGGCAUUAUUGAGCCUGCGUAGAAGCCUUAGUCUAUGCCCUUUUAGUUUUAUCCAUGUACUGUCCAGUUUUUGUUUUGUGUCGUUUGUGCAAUGUAUUUGUGAACGUGAAUCUGUGUUGAUAAAUGGUUUUUU